AUGUUUUUUCGACCGAAAAUUAUUCGACCAACGGCACCCUACUCACCUGAACCUUUAGCUGCUAAGACCCACUUUCGAACACAUAAAGAAGCAAGGAUCUUAACUCGUGGCGAUCGUGAUAUUAUUAUUAAAAGAACAACUGAAGAAUCAAGACGAAUUGUUCCAUAUAAUAUUAAUUUACUUGAAACAUUCAAAUGUAAUCAUGAUAUACAAAUUAUAACGGAUCCUUGGGCAGCAGCUGAAUAUCUUUUUUCUUAUGUUAGUAAAGAAGCUCAUAUGGAGAAAGAUCUUGUACAACAAUUAGCUGGUUGUUCUGCUUCAACACUUGAAGAAGCGAGAAGAGUUUUGUUGAAAGCAGGUAAUGCUGUGUUAUCACAUAGACAAAUUGGAAAAGUCGAAGCAGCUUGGUUAAUUUUGGGCAUUCCACUGUAUCGAUGUUCAAUGGCUACUGUUCAUUUAUAUAUAUCUUUACCAUGUCAUGAAGAUCGUUUACUGAAGAAUAUUAAUAUAGAUAUGAACUCUGUUGGUGAGCAUGAUUUUAUUCAAACUAUAAUUCAUCGAUAUUCAAAUCGACCUGCUACUCCUGAAAUUAUUAACGAUCUAAGCUUAUUUGAAUUUGCAAUUUGGUUUUCAACUGAUUAUACUUCGUCGAAUUAUGAAGAAAGUGAAAACAAUACAUUAACACCUAAUCCAUUAUGGAAGACAAAUUAUAAUGAACCACCAUUAUUAAAAACAUCAACACAUUUUCCACGUAUUAUACUAACAUCGGGUCAAACUAUGCGUCAGCAUCGAAAUGCGAAGUGUGUCACAUUUACCUGUCUACAUGAUGAUACUGCACAAUCGAUUUAUAGUUUAUUGUGUUUAAAUAUUCCUUUUCGUGAUCCCGUACUUGAGUUUUUAGGUGGUAAAGAAGAACCAGAAAUAUAUGAUCUUCAUCAAGUACUGGUACAACAUCAUCAUCAAAUUUCUACUCGUAUUUUAACAUUACCUGAAUCAUAUCGAAUUCAACUAAGUAAUCUUCUUGAUCAUUUACUACAUAUUGAUAAAGAAAAUUAUAUCAUUAAUUAUCGUGAAUCUUUUAUAUUUACCAAUGCAAUUGAAAAUGAUGAUGAUGAUAAUGAUGUAUUAUUUAAAACACGAAGUGAUAAAAAUGAUAAGGAUUCGUUGAUAAAUAAUGAAGAUCAAUUGUUUAAAAAUAUUGAUAUUAAUACAAGAGCAGAAUCUGAAACGACAACACAUUUACGAAAUACAGCAAAUCCUCAACAAAAAUAUCUUCUUGAUUUUUUACAAGAAUAUUUUAAUCAUCUAAUACAGCAUUCUAGACGUCCAUCAUAUGUAGUAAAACCGAAACCGUUUCAUAUUGUUGUGAAUGGUCUUGCUGGAUCUGGUAAAUCUAAUGUAAUAUCAAUAAUUGAAAAAAUGAUUCAAGAGUAUUGUAUAUCCGAAUCAGCUACAGUUUCACGCCCUCGAAAAAAUCUUGGAUUGCUUAAAAUGGCACAUACUGGUAAAGCAGCAUUGAAUAUUCAUGGAUCCACUAUACAUUCAGCUCUUGAAAUAUGUCCAGAUGGUAAUUCAUCACCAAAUAAAAUAAAUUCUUUUAAACUUUAUACAUUAAGAAAUCGAUUAAAUGGAUUAUUAUUAAUUAUAAUAGAUGAAAUUUCACUCGUUUCCCAUGGAUUAUUUCAAAAGAUUAACAAACGUUUAAAUGAAAUAUUUCGUACAUUCGACAAAUCUGAUACUUAUUUUGGUGGUAUACCUGUUAUUGCAUUUGGUGAUAUGGCUCAGAUUGAGCCUGUCGCUGCCAAACAAGUAUUUUAUCGUCCAUCGGGUGAAUUAUUUUCUUUGUGGCAUGAUUUAUUUCGACCUAUAAAUUUUGAUAUUAAUAUGCGACAAGGAUGUUUGGAUGACGAAAGUGAGAUGUUACUUAAAUCUAGAAGUAUUCGUGAACAAGAUAAUCCUGAAGGUUUUAAAGAUCGAUUAAAAGAAUUGAAUUCACCAGAAUUUGAAGAUGCCAUGUAUGCAUACGGAACUCGAAAAUUAACGAAUGCCAGAAAUAUAACAAAAUUGAAGAAAUAUGCACUUGAUACAAAAAAUCCUAUUUUUAUGAUUAAUGCAGUGGAUAAAGUAGCUAUGGUUGAUACUUCCUUUUUCAAGUCCAGUAAUACAAGUCGUAAAAAUUGUAAAAUAAAUUUAAAACCAUCAACUGAUGAAAAUAAAUGUGGCUCAUUAUAUCAACGAUUUCCUAUAUGCGUUGGAGCACGGGUUCUUAUCAGGAGAAAUAUUGAUCAGGAAAACUAUAUUGUUAAUGGUACUGAUGCUAUAGUUAAAGAAAUAGUUUGGGAAGAUCCAAGAGAUUUUCUUACAAGACCAGUAGCAUCGAAUAAUAUUUUUUCAGAGCUAACGAAUGUAGUUAAUACGAAAUUACCAAAAUAUGUGGAGUUAGAAUUAUCUAAUGGUCAAAGAUAUAAAUUGGAACCACAGGAAACACGAUUUAAUGAUAUGAAUAAUGUUGCUAUGACUCGUUUACAAUUACCACUUGCUCUCGGUUAUGCUAUAACAAUACAUCGUACUCAAUGUAUGACGUAUUCAAAAUUAGUGAUCGAUCUUGCCGGCAAAUAUUGGAAACCUGGAAUGUUCUACACUGUUGUUAGUAGAACUCGUCAUAUUACAGAUAUAAUCAUACUAGCGUAUGAUCGAAAAUCUUUCAAAGUUUCAAUAGAAGGCCUGAACGAAAUUGAACGUUUACAAAGAAUAGAAAGAGAACAUCCUAUCAAAAUUGAUGAUUAUUUAAAUAAUUUUGAUGUUCCUUUACCCAACACCUCAUCCAUCGAUGUUAUAAUAAAAGAAGAAACAAAUAAGAAAUGCAAAGAUCAUUUGAGAUGUACUAAUAAUAAACGACGUAAAACGUCAACAAAUAUCAAUAAUAAUAUUCACAAUGACAUUUAUAAUGAGGAUAUUCAUCCAGAAGAUGCUAUAGUUUGUGAAGAACAACAACUACUCUUCUGUGGACGACAUGCUCUUAGAGCAUUCGUACAAAAUUUAGACCAAUUCGAUGAUAGUUCCUUAGUUAGUAUAGGACAAGAACUUGCAACUCAAGAAUUAUUAAUUCAUGAACAAGAACGUAUUAAUCAAGAUAUUUAUUACAGCAUUGAGGAUGGAUUUUAUCACAUUGAAGUUAUCCAAAAUGCUCUUCGAGAGGAGUUUAAUAUUGAGCUUAUUCAAUUAGAAGCACUUAAUCGAACCGCUCAUUUUAUAUACGAAGUGAUCAUGAAUAAUAUUCAUGAUGUACAAGCGUUUUUUAUUCAUAAAGGUAACCAUUACUUUUGCGUUCGACGUUUCGAUAACACUGUUGAUUAUUUUUUUAUCAUUGAUUCACUUUCACCGAAUAUGCAUAAAACAAUUCCACACAAUCGUAUUCUGGAUUAUAUAGAAUAUCUAUCCAAAAAUGAUGGUUUAAUUUAUAUACCUGUUUCUGCUCAUCUUCUACAGAUGCAUUCUAUUCCAUCGGAUUUAUUACAUUCUGUACUCCACCCACUACCAACAUGCGAUGCAGAUCAAGUUGUUUUUACUGUGAAUGAAAGAACAAAUUUCACUUUUAGUUAA